AUGGAUUCAGAACCAAUUAUUCGUGAUCUUGUUUUAGCUAAUGGUGUACCAUCUUUAACAUCAUCAACAGAAACAUGUGUUGAAUUAGUUGAAAGUGAUAAGCGACCAUUUGGUCAUGCAAUAGUGAAUACACGAAAUGACAGAGUUUCUGAUCCACAAGAUCUUGUAAAUUUAGCUAAACAAAUUGAAACAUGUGAUGCAUUUGUACGUGCAAAUGUUUCAAAUCGUUUACAAGUUCUUGUUAAUCAAAUGCAUUAUUUACGUCAAGAAGCACAACGUACUUUAAUGAAAGCACGACGUGAUGAUGAAUUAAAUCAUUGUGCUUGUAAUCUUGUUCGAAAAGCUGGACAAAUCUAUUAUCAAUAUGAAAGACAAACUGGACAAAAAUAUAUGUCAAUAAUGCAUCCACAAGAUUGGAUAUCGAAUAUAAAAAAUGGUGUAUGUCCACAUCGAUUUUUAGGUGCAUACAGACUUGAAUAUGAUAAUUCAUGGACUCGGCAACCAACUGAUUUUGAUGAUGGGUUAGAUGAUCCAUUAGAAGAAUUGAAACAACAAAAAGCAACUGAUAUGAAACAAAAUCAAAAAAUGCUUGAAUUUCUUAUAAAAUCAUAG